AUGCCGUUUUCGGUAGAUAACCCCGAGAAGGAGGCGGCAACGCCGGCACUGGGCUUCCCUUCUGGCGUGUACCAACGCACCCACAACGUCACAUGUUCAUUUCCAGCAAAAAUCUCCGACGUGCACUUCCAGCCGCCGCCGCGGGAUACACACAAAGCCUCCGUGUACAUGCACACGCAUACCCCCCAGGAACCCAGCGAAGACCCGAGGAUCCCAAGAGAGCUUCCAGGACGCCAACAGAGCCCCCAACCACAGCGAAGUCCCCAGAACACCAAAAGAGCCCCCAGGACCCCUGAGAAGGCCCCAGGACCCAGCGAAGACCUCAGGACCCCAACAGAGGCCCCAAGACCCCACCGAAGCUCCCAGGAACCCAACAGAGUCCACAAGACACCAGAGAAGCCCCCAGGAAACCAGCGAAGCUCCCAGGACCCCCCACAAAACCCCAGGACAUUAACAGAGAGAGCCCCCAGCACACUAGCGAAGACCCCAGGACCCCAACAGAGCCCCCAGAACAACAACAGAGCACCCAGGACCCCACCGAAGACCACAGAAGCCCAGCAGAGCACCGAGGACCACAACAGAGCCCACAAAACCCCAGCGAAGACCCCAGGACCCCAACAGAGCCCCCAGAACAACAACAGAGCACCCAGGACCCCACCGAAGACCACAGAAGCCCAGCAGAGCACCGAGGACCACAACAGAGCCCACAAAACCCCAGCGAAGACCCCAGGACCCCAACAGAGCCCCCAGAACAACAACAGAGCACCCAGGACCCCACCGAAGACCACAGAAGCCCAGCAGAGCACCGAGGACCACAACAGAGCCCACAAAACCCCAGCGAAGACCCCAGGACCCCAACAGAGCCCCCAGAACAACAACAGAGCACCCAGGACCCCACCGAAGACCACAGAAGCCCAGCAGAGCACCGAGGACCACAACAGAGCCCACAAAACCCCAGCGAAGACCCCAGGACCCCAACAGAGCCCCCAGAACAACAACAGAGCACCCAGGACCCCACCGAAGACCACAGAAGCCCAGCAGAGCACCGAGGACCACAACAGAGCCCACAAAACCCCAGCGAAGACCCCAGGACCCCAACAGAGCCCCAAGGACCCCAGAGAAGACCCCAGGACACCAGCGGAGCACCCAGGAACCCAGCAAAGGCCCCAGGACCCCAACAGAGCCCUCAGGAUCCGAACAGAGACCCCA